AUGCCCGGCUUCCGCCGCUGGGGCAAAUCCAAGUUUGAACGCAAUCCCGAGUCGUCGUUCAAGCUCCUCGCCGCCAUCAUCGUCAUCACCCUCUACCUACUCUUUAAGGAGUUUCAGAACCCAACCUUUCGCGGACAGGGUGCGACGCAGGCUGGCGCACAAAUACAAUAUGCCGACUGGAACGGCACUGGAAAGGCGGAUGAGACGCGGGCAAACAGCGUGCGCGAUGCCAUGAAAUAUACCUUCUGGAAGUACAAGGAGCGCGCUUGGGGUCAUGACGAUAUCUUGCCGGUCUCAGGGCGCAGUGCUUCGUCUAGAAAUGGCUGGGGCGCUUUCAUCGUAGACUCGGCAAGUACACUAGCUCUCAUGGGCUUGUGGGAUGAGCUAGCACACUCGUUAGAGCACAUGGUGGCUAUCAACUUCACCCAAGCAGAGGACCUUGUCGACCCCUUCGAGACCACGAUACGCUACUUGGGCGGGCUGCUGUCCAUUGUGGAUCUGUAUGAUGUUGGGCUUAUUCCCGAGGAUGUACUAACAGGAGAGGCGCGCGACCUCAUACUCGAGCAGGCAGUUACUCUGGCAGGCAAGCUAGCGCCAGCAUAUGACACCCCUACAGGCUUGCCGUGGCCCCGUGUAGACUUUACGACAGAAGAAGGCGAGCCACAUCCUUCUUUCAUCCUACACGAUGACCCCGCACAGCGUGAAUUUGAGCACCCUGCAAUUGGACCCGCACGAAUCGGCUCUUCAAUCCUGGAAAACCGCGUACUGACAAGGCUGACUGGCGAUGAUAUCUACGUCUUGAAUUCUACAAAAGCAUGGGCACCUCUAGUGUGGUCCAAUUGGAGGACGCCAUGGCCAGGAAUGGUAGAUGCCCCUGUCGAUAUCAUGACAGGAGAGCCCGUCCGCCGCCAAAGACACUGGGAUGCCGGCCACGAUUCCUACUACGAGUACCUGGUCAAAAUGACAAUCUUGGCGCCUCCCUCAGAUCCUCAUCUUCCAAAGUACAAAGAACGCUUUGUGAGGGCUGCCUACUCUCUCCGUAGACAUCUUGCCUCCCGCUCUGCACCCGCACCCGGACACCUCAUGCAACACCUGUUCCUCGGUCGCCAAGAUGAUGAGCAGUUCGAGAAUCAACAAAGCCACCUCGCCUGCUUCACCCCCGGCACCAUUCUCCUCGCCUCAAAAUUUUACACUGAAAAACCCCUCCGCACUUUUGCUCUCGCACUCCUUGAGGGCUGCCACCACGCGUAUACCUCGACCCCCACCAAAAUCGGCCCAGAAAUAUGGUCCUGGACCCCAAAAUUCAGCUACGAUAACCCGCUCUUCGCUCCGGAAACGCCGCGUCAAAAGAAAGAAGCAUCUACCACUGGCAUCUGGUCGCGCGACACAGCGUACAAGGGUCGCCCCGAGUACGUCGAAAGUAUCUUCUACGCUUGGCGUAUCACUGGUGAGAAACGCUAUCGUGAUUGGGCCUGGGACGCGUUUUCCGCAUUCGAAAAACAUUGCAAGGCGCCAUUUGGAUAUGCACAGCUAGCAGACGUUUACGAUACCACUUCAAAAGAUGAGACCAGAUGGGUUGACAUGCAAGAGAGCUUUUGGGCUGCGGAGACGCUCAAGUAUCUUUGGCUUACGUUUUCGGACGUCGAAGUCGCGAGUCUGGAUAGUUGGGUGUUUAGUACUGAGGGGCAUCCUUUCCGGAUGAUUCGCUGA